GUGCACCAUUUUUUUUUGUUCAUUCUCCUCCAAGCAUUGUUUCUGAUAAAUCAUCUCUUUAUUUCACUCCGGUUCGUGCUCACAAUUUGCCAACGACACGCCUUGGGAAACCCGACGACAUUGACACCAUAUCCCACCCCUGUAACUGGAACUUUUCCACCAACUCAUCCGCUACGCCCACAACUUUGAAACCUGUGUCACAUCUACAUUUGGCUCGCUUACAUCAUAUCUCUGUUGUGUCUCCACCCAUGACUUCUGUAACGUCAAUGUCUUCAAAUGCAUCUUCCUCCGUCACGCCCACAACCGCAGCGCCCAGCAGUGUGCCGCCAUCGACCAGCGAUUCUUUACUGCCCACAAGUUCUUCUACGCGCCUGACGACGAGCCCUAUUUCGUCCCCAACGUCUACUACUAUGUCUUCCGGUAUAGCAUCAUCCACAACCCCUGUAUCAUCACAGUCCUCGACCAAUGCAGAUACAAGUACAGCCACGAUUUCUUCUUCGACAACUAGUCAGUUAGCGACGACAGCCACCAGCUCAUUACCAACAACUUCCUUGUCACUCACAACAACUUCAUCACUAACGACAUCCGCUUCAUCAUCGACAACUUCCUCAUCACCAACGACCUCGUCACCAACGACUUCCUCGCCAUCGCCCACCACAAGUACACCACAGACUACUUUCAAUGCGCCCCCACAGACAUCAACCUCAUCAUCAUCUCAACCUCCAUUGACGUUGCCUAGCACACCAUCAUCGUCGGUCACACCGGUGCCAGUCGUUACAACGUUGGAAAGUACAUUGUUUAUCACUACAACGAAUGCUCAAGGACAACCAACAACGACGGCGCCCUCUAUUAUCACAGAAGUUACCACUUCCACAAACAGCGCAGGAUAUGCUACUACUAUCACAGUAGCAGCCGCAAACCCCACCCUUGCGCCCAACAAUGGGACAUCAUCGGGUUCCGCGUUAGCUCCCCUGCUUAUCAGUCAUUAUUCAUACUUAUAAUAUAACAGGUUCUUCAAGAACACUGGCGCCGUAGUCGGUGUCUUCCUUGUGAUUGGUUUGGCCGUUGCAUCCAUUGUGCUGUGGAUCUUCUUUUUCAUCCA